UUCCUUUCCAUAUUCACAUCCAAGAAACGCAACAAUGGUUGAGAGAUCGCACAAGCCCUCAGCACUCACGCCCAGUACCACUGGCCCUCAGCCUACCGUCCACUCGGAUGGCAAGAAGGUCACGGCCAGCCUGCCCAGCGGCGACUCGGUUGAGGUGAUGCUGUAUGGCGCUACAGUCAUCUCAUGGAAGAACAACGGCCACGAGAACCUGUGGCUGAGCUCUAACGCCAACCUCGAGGGCAAGAAGGCCAUCAGAGGUGGUGUCCCUGUCGUCUUCCCUAACUUCGGACCUGCCCCCAAGGACCACGCCACCUCAAGCCUCCCGCAGCACGGUUUCGGACGUAUCUCCAACUGGGAAUACCUGGGCACGACAUCGUCAGAGUCUGGCAACCAGGGCAAGGGCAGCGACGACUCGAUUCGCCUUGACUUUGGCUUGACGCCGAACAACCUCAGCGAUGAGAUGAAGAAGGCCUGGUCAUACGAAUUCAGUCUGCAGUACAGCGUCACUCUGUCCAAGGAUGGUCUGCAAACCAUGCUGAACGUGCGCAAUGAAGGCGACAAGCCCUUCGACUUCCAGACCCUCUUCCACACUUACUUUGCCAUUCCUGACAUCUCCAAGGUCAAGGUCACCGGCCUGUCGGGUGUCAGAUACAUCGACAAGAUCCUCAACGCGACCGAGCACGACUCAAAGGGCAACGAGCUCCGCUUCGAGGGCACUGUUGACCGCGUAUACAAGUCUUUCACCCAAGACACCACCUCAAUCCUCGUUGACGACAAGCCCCGCUUGGACGUCAUCAGAGACAACAUGCAGGACACGGUCAUCUGGAACCCUUGGAAGGAGGGUGCCGAGGCUAUUGCCGACUUUGAGCCCAAGGACGGUUACAAGAAGAUGGUCUGUGUCGAGGCUGGUGCCGUCAAUGGCUGGAUCACCCUUGAGUCUCAGGACUCCUUCGAGGCCGGACAGAUCCUCAAGAGCCACUUGUAAAUGCGAUACGAUAGUGAUGAAGAAAGAUAGCAUGACGGACGCAGCAUAGGGAGCUGAACUUGCUCCCCCCAAGUAUAGACACAAUGGAAAGCCUUAGGGUCAUUCACACUCUCCA